AUGGAGCACAUUGGCUCUGCUAGCGCGACAGACUUCGUAGUCGCAAAGCGGUGGAAACUUAUUCGCAAAAUAGGAGCAGGAUCUUUUGGAGAUAUAUAUCUGGGCAUUAAUAUUUCCAACGGUGAAGAGGUGGCUGUGAAAUUAGAGCCGGCUACCGCCAGACACCCACAACUCUUUUAUGAAAAUCGGGUUUACCGAGUCCUUCAGGUUCGUUUUAUCCUUACAUAUCACCUUCAGAAUGCAUUUGCUGUUCCCAGGAUCCAUUGGUUUGGCUCUGAUGGAGUAAAAAACGAGUAUCGCGCAAUGGUUAUGGAUUUACUUGGCCCCAGCCUCGAAGAUCUGUUUAAUUAUGUUGGGCGGAGGUUCACGAUGAAGACGGUUUUGAUGUUGGCCGAGCAGAUGUUGUGGCGCAUUGAAUAUGUUCAUUCGAAAACAUUUAUCCAUCGCGAUAUAAAGCCAGACAACUUCCUCAUGGGCAUCGGUCAGCGUUGUAAUCGGCUAUUUCUUGUCGACUUCGGUUUGGCUAAAAAAUACAGAGACAGCCGAACUCGAUUGCAUAUACCGUUUCGCGACGACAAGAACCUAACAGGAACUGCAAGGUAUGCAAGCAUUAACGCCCACGCGGGAUACGAACAGUCGCGAAGAGACGAUAUAGAAUCGCUUGGAUAUGUGUUUAUGUAUUUUCUAAAAGGACAGUUGCCCUGGCAAGGCCUUCGUGUAAGUGACCACUUUUUAAUUCAAAAUCUAUCGUUUUUCAUUAUUGUUUUCAUGCAGUAUGGUUAA